GUCCGGAGACUCGACAGCCUCCUCCUCCAGCACUUCAUCUUUCUCCACGGGUAAGGCCAAUGUCUACUCCGGUCCAAAAACCAUCGAAGCUUACUCUGCCAUCACUCGCGAUACAAUCGAUGUGGAGGAGCCCGCGUUCGCGGUUCUACGAGAAAACCACUGCAUCGUGCGCCAACGCAUUGUCAGUAGCUUCACAGAAC